GCUCGCUUUUCCGCCGCCAGCGCCGGUCCGCACCCGGUCCCCGCUUUCCCGCGAGUCUCCCCGCAAUUUUCCGCAGGUCGCGCGUCGAAUUUUCCGGGACACGUGGCGAAUGCGAACGGAGUGUGGAAAAUUUUGUGCGCGGCAAAUUCUGGAACUGUGAAUUUUCACGAGCGCCCCGCCGCUUCCAGUAAUGGCAGCGUGAAAUUUUUUUGUGCGAGUUGAAACUUCAGGUGGAGCGUCCGCGUCGCGAAGAAGUGCUCAAAGAACAUUCGCAGUCGGAAGUCCAACGGGACGUGCGCGGUUUUGGCUGAUGCGGCCGGAAUCCAGGCCAGCGAAUUAACUCGGCGGCACGCGCCGGAACCGCGAACGUGCGCGGGCACCUCGAGCCACCCGAUAAAAGACUGAUUGUUUCCGAUGGGCACCAAAACGGCGUCUUGGUCGUCCGUCAGCGGAGGGAUGAGCGUGGGGAGCAGAUCCAAUUCCAGCUCAAGCUCAAGCGAGUUCUCUCUGUCCGGCAGGUCGGCGUCUUCGGGGCUGUCCUACCCCUCGGCCCUGUCCUACCCCUCGGCCUCCAUGGACCUGACCAAGUUCCACGACUCGGCCCAUGCCCACGACUUCCAGCAGCCGCUCAGCCGGAUCGUCAUGGUCCGCAAGAUGGAGCAGAGGACCUACGUAGCCGCCAGCAAGCAGGGGCAGGGACCCAAAAUUGAAACGCUAACGAAGGAAACCGUUCAAACUUUCAGAGGCAACAAAACGGAACGGAAAGUGACAACGUCGGAAAAGAGAGACGUCUCUGCAGAAAUUGGAGACGCAGCGAAAGAACUGAUCAGUCUAUCACGAUCGACCUGUUCCUCCCCGGAGCUCACUGUCGACCCGAAGGGUGGGAGGCGGCCGCUGAGCAGGUGUUGGAGCAGUGGCAGUGGAAGCGGUAGCGGAUCCAGCAAGUCGAGCAGUCUCAGCCGCUUGGCCACGGACACGAGCAGCACCCACAGCAGCGGCACCAACACCAUAAACACCACCAACACCAUAAACACCACCAACACCAUCAACUCCAGCGAAUUUGCUAAACUCUGUCUCCAGGCUCACAAUGAAUAUCGGGCCAAACAUCAUGUACCACCGCUCAAGCUCAACAAAAAACUUUGUAAAUAUAGUGAAGAAUGGGCGAAACAUCUAGCUAGUAAAGGAAUUUUAGAGCAUCGCCAAAACUCAGCAUAUGGUCAAAAUAUCUUCUGCAGUUGGAGUUCUGCUCCAAGGCACACGGUAUGUGGCCAAGAACCAGUCGAUAGCUGGUAUGAAGAAAUCAAAUUUCAUCCUUUUGGAAAAGAGCCCAGCUCUCUAAAAUCAGGUCACUUCAGUCAAGUAGUUUGGUUAACCAGUGCUGAGCUGGGAGUGGGAGUGGCAAGGAGUAGAAAUGGACAAAUAUUUGUAGUGGCCAAUUAUGAUCCUCCCGGGAAUUUUUUGGGUCAAUUCUCUGAGAAUGUCCCUCCGCUUGGCGGUUUUCCAAAAUUCUCUGAGGAUUAUGAAAAAAGUCUGUUAAAACAAUAUGAUGCCAAAACUUUCACCAAAGAAGCUCUAGACAUCCAUAAUGAAUAUAGAUGCAAGCAUCAUGUGCCAAAACUUAUUUUAAGCAAAAAGUUAUGUGAUUAUGCCAAAGAAUGGGCACUCAUUUUAGUUAAAGAUGAAAAACUGUCACAUAGAGAUAGCAGGUACGGGGAAAAUAUUUUCAGUAUGUGGUCCUCUGGUCGAGUUACUGCCAAAGAUGCCUGUGAAAAGUGGUAUGAAGAAGGGAAGGACUACAACUAUUCAGUAGAACCAAGGAAUCUAAAAUCAGGUAAUUUUACUCAGAUGAUCUGGAAAAGUAGCAAAGAAGUUGGUUUUGCAAUGAUCAGAGGAAAAUCAGGUAGAGUUGUCAUCGUCGCCAAUUACCACCCUGCUGGAAACAUAUCUGGCCAGUUUAUUGAGAAUGUCCUCAAACCAUGAAACUAUAAAAGAUACAAUUCGGCAUAUGAGGUAACUUUCCGAGCGCCUAAUCAGAAAUAAUGCACGCAUCACAUCUAAUGUUCAAAGUUCUUUUACUCUUGGAAAAUAAUUCAGUUUUAACGUUCGCAGAUUCUAACUGUGAUUCGCUCAUAAAAAAAAAAUUUUCUCCUGAAGUAUCACAGAUAAGUGUGAGUCCUCAUCUUGUGGGAUAGAGAGGGGGAAGACACUGUCCUGAUUUUGACCAUGUGUGAAAUGUUUGGUAAUGCUCUGUAGGUCUCCUUUAAAGUAAUUGUUGCCUUGUUAUUAUCAGUUUCAAAGUUCCUCUUUCUUAAUACAUAUUUGUGCCUAAAAUUUCUUUAUAUUAAGUAAUGAAUUAUUCCAUAUCGAAGACGCUUAAUCUUCAUGCUUUAUGUUAUUUUAAUUUUAAUUCUUCUUUUUUCCCUAUUAUACAAAUAAGGUACUGAAUGUUGUUGCUUCAGCUAUGUGGAAUGCCAUACAUGUAAAUAUUUUCUUUUUUCCCUUCUGUUAAUUUUAAUUUCUUAAAAGGCUGAGUCUCAUAAACCAUUCCAAGGAACCUAACAUUCCUCUACAGUGUACCUAUCAAACUUGCAUCUGCAUGUUUUGACUUCCAAUCGCUUAUCUAUAAUUUGUCCAUUUUUCAUUGAUCUCAAGAAAAUUAAGGAAGUAAUUGAUUAUGUAAAAAAGAUAAAUGACUGAGUGAUUUACUAAAGAGAGUAUUUCUUUUCAUUACAAAUCAUACAUUUUUAUUUAUCAUCAUUACACUUGUUGUUUGUAUAUAGUGUUUAAAUCUAUGACAUCCAUGGAAAACUUGAAUAAAAUGGAAAGUUAAAAGGAAAUUCAUUAAAGAAAAUUUUGAUAACAAAUUUUAGACGAACUUAAUUAUACAUGAACAUUGUGAUUUGUUACUAACCUAGAAAUACAAGCUCUUUGAUCCUCUGAAAUACUUGAAUUUAGGCUGGGCCCAUAAGAAUCGGUAGCCUUUUAAAGUUUAGAAACGCCUUAAUUUAAGGAAGAAAAGAGAUGAGAAAAGAACUUUUAUCUUCAUUCAAGCCAAAACUGAGAUUUCAAUCACUCCUACAAAAAUGAGACCUUUACCAUGAUUCCAGGACUGACUUUUGGAAAAGUUCGAAGCCGUGAGGAACUUGCAUUUUUUUAAUAAUUGAAUUCUUAGAAUGGAAAGGAAGAAUCAUAGGGCUAUCAGUUAGGUCUCAAAUUUCUAUAGAUCUUAGAUAUAAGUAUUAUACACUGAUGUGUACACUUUCUGCAAAUUGAUCUUUGGACUUAGUAAUUUAAAAAAUUAAACUGAUAAUAAUCUGCUAAUGUUCCGUGCGUUGAAUACAUAUCUGGAAUGAAACUACCAGACCACAUACGUCGGUGUGUGACGUUGCACACUUCCUGUCAUAAAGUCAUUUUUAAAUAGAGAACUACUAAACAUUAAUUCUUGAAAACUUCCGUGAUUAUUCAUCUCUAUGUGGAGAAAACACUGUGAAGUCAAGGAACGAAAUUUCUCCUUCAAAAAAAUAAAAUAGGAGUGGAAUUUUUUAACCACCCCGAAUGAGAUGCUACGUCUGGUAGUUUCACUAUCGAUAUUUUUAACCACCUCCUUUUAUAAUCGUAAAAUUUUGCAGAAUGCAGAUGAGGCUCUUUUCUCAUUUCAAGUCAUGAAUCAAGAUUGUGGUAAUAAAGCGAUGACUUUUACUCUUGGAAUACUUUACCAUUGACUAGUAGAUUAAUUGAUAUUAGUGAUUUAUUUAGAUAUGGUGACCAAUAUCUUGUGAUUUAAUCUAGUUUUUAAGGAUAUUUUUUUCCUACAUGAUGUGACUGACUGCAUUAUAUUGUAUCAAAAGUUUUGUAAUUUAACAUCACAGUUUAUAAAUACGUGAAUGGUAUUUAUUACAAAUUUUGUUGCUUCCUCUGUUACUUAUUGAUACCAUUUUUUUUUAUAUUUAACGAAAAUAAAGUUGAUUUUUCUCCAUUGAA